AUGGUGAUGUGCAGGUAUGGCUCCCUAGGGGCUUGCAUCGAAUCUCUAUGCACAGAGGAGGCUGACUUUGAUGCCUCUACAAGGUUCGAGGCCCUCGAUUUCGCGGCCAUUAUAGAGCAAGUUGGUAUGACUCAGAAGGAGGGCCGUCGGUUAUUCCGCAUACUGGACACUCAACGUGUGGGGGUCGUUGCUCUUGAGGAUCUUGCCUUGGCGGUAGCGGGCAAGCUGCCGCGUCGUCGCUCGAGUGUUGGAUCACCAAGACCCCAUCCGAGGCGUCGGGCGAGUGCAUCUCCAAGCGUUGACAGUGGUCGUAAGGGGUCGGCUGGGACCAUGGCCCAGCCCUCUACGGCUGUCCCUACUGUCAAGAAUCCGGUGGUGCAGUGCAAGGUUAACCCGCCUUCUGUUCCUAUGGCCCCUCAGAGUGGUACCAGUGAGAUCUACCUCGUUAUGAAUCCUCAAGGUAAGUACUGUGGCUCGAUCGUCGACGCGGAGGAUUGGCCGAAGCAUUUGAGACAUGAACACCAUACGAGGAGGGUCGCUGCCCAUUACCGAGCUGAGCAGCGGGAGUCAGUGAGGAAGUAUCCUGAUGGUCAAUUCCUCAUGGACAGCAAUUACAUCGAGAUCGGACAGGAUAACUACUUCCGUUGUACACUUUGCAACAAGAAGGCUUAUGGCUUCGAUAUGAUAAUUGAAAGCCACUGUACGAGUGAUAAGCAUAAGCGUGCUGUUGAAUGGGCAGCUCGGAGUAGUCCUCCACCGACGGACAGGCGCUUUGGUCGCGAUGCGACGCCUGGUGACAGUAGUAAUGAAGAAGGAGAAUUCAUGCGGGCUCAACGACUGAAGAAGGAUGAAGAAGGGUGGAUUGUGUGCACGUUGUGUAACAAGAAGUUCUUCGAAAUCGAGAGCGCCAAGAGCCACUGCAUUUCUAACAAGCACGUUGAGAAUGUGAAGUGGGAUGAUGAUAACCGUCGACUCUACAGUCCUGAGCUUGGGAAGCUCACUGCAGACGGACAUGACUUCGUACAGUCCAACUAUCUUGAAAUGAACGGCACCAUGUUCAGCUGUCCGCUUUGUGACAAGCAGUUUUAUGAUAUUGGUGAAACACGUGUGCACUGCGAUGCGAAAGCUCAUAUAAAAGCUGUGAAAUGGAAGAACUCUGAUAACACUGAGAAGACGGAUGAUCCGGACUACAAUGCUGCUUAUAAGAAACAGUUUUACCGCACAGAAGAUGGUCAGGAGGUCGCCACUGUGGCCGGAGUGAUCGGCAGUGGUGAGGACGAUGCACCUUGCAACUACCCCAAUGAGUUAGUCAAUCAAGGGUAUCUCCGUUGCGAGACUUGCGAUACGAACCUUCUGAGCUGGGAUAGGUGGAAGGAACAUCUCAACUCGAAGAAGCACUUGAGAAGACGGGCGGCCUUGGACGAGGAAUACGUCUGCUACUGGCAGAAGCUCCACGCAGGAGGGGUCGACUAUUACUACGAACACCUAUCCCAGAUUUGGCAGUGGGGAGCAGUGCCAGAUGGACGUAUGAGGGUUAAGUUCUGUGAAUGUCUGUAA